AUGACCUCCCCAUCAGGCCGCCUGCAGGGCCGUGUGGCCAUCGUCACCGGCUCCAGCUCUGGACUUGGACAGGCCAUCUGCCUCGCCCUCGCCGCGGAGGGCGCUUCGGUUUUCUGUAUUGACCUGUACCCGACGCCGCGCAACGCCAUCAACCCCUCGACCCAACGCGCCGAUGACUUCCACAACCGCGUCACGGGCCAGCCAGGGACGCAUGAGCGCAUCCGCCACAUGGGCGGCGAGGCCACGUACCACAAGGCCGACGUGACGCGGGGGCGGGACGUGGAACUGGCCAUCCGGGCGUGCGUGCAGCGGUACAAGAGGGUGGACAUCAUGGUGAACAACGCGGGCGUGAGCGUCGAGAGCACCCACGUCCGCGCCCUGCGGUGCCACGAGACCAGCGAGGAGGACUACGACAAGACCAUGGCCAUCAACGCCAAGGGCAUGUUCCUCGGCUGCAAGUACGCCCUCAAGCAGAUGCUGGACGGCCAGCCCCAGAUCUACCCGGCCAGGGGGUGGAUCGUCAACACCGCCUCCGUACAGGGCCUGGUCCCCUACUACGGCACGCCCUCGUACUGCGCCUCCAAGGGCGCCGCCGUCAUGCUCACCAAGCAGAUCGCCCUGGACUACGCCGCCGACCUGAUUCACUGCAACGCCCUCUGCCCGGGCUUUUUGGAGACCACCAUGACCCAGAACCUCGAGGCCCAGCCGCACGAACUGCGCGACAUUGAGGGGAAACACCCCUUUGGCCAGAAACUCGGCAAGGUCGAGGACGUGGCCAGGGCGGCCGUGUUUCUGGCGAGCGAUGAUGCCGGUUGGAUCACGGGAGUGCCCUUGCCUGUUGAUGGGGGUUACUUACUGAGAUGA